AUGGGAUUAACCAGUGAUAGUGAAACAGAAAGUGUGACUAUGAAAUCCAAAAUUGAUGAAAUGGAUUUAGAACCUAUUGUCGCUAACAAUGAUGAGAGUAUUAUAACUAAAAAUAAAAAAACACACGAUUGUACUGUUCCUGGUUGUAAGAAAUCUUUUAACAAACCAUCUCGUUUACUUUGGCAUCUUCGAAAACAUACAGGAACAGUAAAAACCUUACAAAUGUGUGGAAUAUGUCAGUUAACGUUGAAAAAUCGUACCAAUUUGCUAAAACAUCAUCGGCGUGCUCACGAAAACAAAGAUCGUCUUUCUUGCAAAGAAUGUGGCAUAUCUUUUCGUAAAAAAUACAAGUAUGAUGAGCAUAUGAAUCGUUUUCACGAUGGAAAGUUAUUUAAAUGUAAUCAAUGCGACCGAGAGUUUAAGAAUCUUCUUAAAUUAAAAAGACAUGAGAAGGCACAUGAUGUUAAAUAUGAGUGCACCGUUGAAAAUUGCAAAAUGAUAUUCGACACUUACAUGGAAUUUCGACAACAUGCUAAGACUCACCCAAAAGAGCAUACUUGUGAUAAAUGUAACAAGAAAUUUUUGCUAAAACAGGAAUUGAAUAAGCAUUUGAAAACACAUGAAGGCAAACUUUUAUCUUGUCCUUACGAAGAUUGUCAUAAAACAUAUGCUCUUUUAAAUCAAUUGAAAGUUCAUAUUAAAGCGAAACAUAAAAAUCUUAAAUUUGAGUGUGAUUUGUGUAAAGUAACAUUUCCGUAUAAAAUUUCACUAAGGAAGCACAUACAGAGAGUUCAUUUGAAUAUAAAUGUAAGUAAACCGAAAGUUUAUAAAAAAGGUGAAGAAAGAAAAAGACGAAAGGACAUCGGUAAACAAACACGCAGUAUGCCUUCUAUAUUAGCGGGUGUUUUAUUACCACCUUCAGUUGAAAAAAUGGUAAUGAAUCGUGAAACUAAUAUUAAAUUGUCAGAUACUAAUUUUGAAUCUAUAGAAGAUGAUAUGAUAGACAAUCAAGUAUAA